CAAGAAUAAAUAAAUAAAUUUGAAAAAAAAAAACAGAAGCAAACGUUGUGAAAUCUCAUAUCGAGCACUGAAGGCUAUCAUCUGGUUUUCCGCUUUCUUUACUGAUCUUUUAGACCUCAGGAAUCCUUUUCCCGGCGUCCUUUGGCGGUUUCGGCAUAAAAGGGAGGAGUGAAUUUGUUGAGAAUCUGGGGAGCAAGGUCUGCCACGGAAAAAAAUGGUGCUGGGGACUAACCAAUCUGGUAAGGGUGCCAAAGGGCUCCUGAUUGGAAAAUCGACAGAGCGUGAUAAGAAGGAUAAGAAGAAACCCCAGUCGAGAUCUGCAAGAGCUGGAUUACAGUUUCCUGUUGGUCGCAUUCAUCGUUUGCUCAAGUCUCGUGUCUCGGCCAAUGGCAGAGUAGGUGCAACAGCAGCAGUGUAUUCAGCAGCUAUAUUGGAGUAUCUAACUGCUGAAGUGCUUGAAUUGGCUGGUAAUGCAAGCAAGGAUCUUAAAGUGAAACGCAUAACUCCAAGGCAUCUCCAACUUGCCAUUAGAGGAGAUGAAGAGCUUGACACUUUGAUUAAAGGCACAAUUGCCGGUGGUGGUGUGAUUCCACAUAUUCACAAGUCUCUGAUCAACAAAUCAUCAAAAAAGGACUAGCAACAACUGCUGCUUAUUGUGCUUGGUCACUUGUAUUUUAAACUUAAGUUUGUUUGGACAAAAAAUAUGUCAAAGCUUUAGCUAUUUGUAUUUACAAAGAUGACUGGAAAUACAAAUACAUCUUGGUAUUUAUAGCAGUCAAUAUUUAAUUUUUUUCCUGGAUGCUUGCUGAGCUUCUGACUCUGCAAGUUACAUCUUUGAACCAUGCAUGUACUAUUUAAUUAUUCUUAAUAAUUGAAUGAUGCUGAAUUGGUAUCAAAAUGUUUUCGUUUUGGAA